AGAGGCUUUCUCUCUUUUCAAAGGUAUGCUCAAAUCCUCAAUCAAACCCUCUCUCUUCAAAUGUUGCAUACAUUGGUCAAGUGUUUUUUUCAAUUCCGGAGGUCCUAUUUUGGGCUUGCGGUUAUCGGUCUUAUUCAGAAGCUUGGUUACCCUCUCUCUGUUAUCCUAUUGAAUAUGGUGAUGAAUGGACGGUAAAAGGACGGGUGAGUCGCGAGGGUGAUAGAGCUCUUCCAUGGCAUGGAGAAUUACAAGCUUUUGCCUGAUGUCUUUUCAUUUAACACUCUGAUCAGUGGGCUCUGCAAAGCCCAUAAAGUGAAAGAAGCUAUAGCUUUGCUCAAAGAAAUGGGGAGGAGAGUGUGUCAACCAAACGUCGUGACCUAUAACAUACUCAUGAAUGGUCUUUGUAAAUCAAAGGAAUUUUGUUUUAUGCGAGCUGGACUGCAUUUCUACGACAUGCGGUGCCAAGGUAUGCUCAAAUCCUCAAUCAAACCCUCUCGCUCCACCUGUAAUCUCUUGUUGGGGUCAUUCAAAAGACCAGACCAGGCUCUGUCUCUGUAUAAAACCAUGGCCGGAGCUGGAAUUUCACCUAAUUUUCAAAUGUUGCACACGUUACCCAACUGUUUUUGCGAAUUCCAGAGGACCCAUUUGGCACUUGGGGUUAUCGGUCGCAUUCAGAAGCUUGGUUACCCUCUCUCUGUUAUCCUGUUGAAUAUGGUGAUGAAUGGACUGUCCAAGGAGGGGCAAGUCGUGAGGGCGAUAGAGCUCUUCCAUGGCAUGCAGAAUUACAAGCUUUUGCCUAAUGUCUUUUCAUUUAACACCCUGAUCAAUGGGCUCUGUAAAGCCCAAAAAGUGGAAGAAGCUAUGGCUAUGCUUAAAGAAAUGGGGAAGAGAGGGUGUCAACCAGACGUCGUGACGUAUAAUAUACUCAUGAAUGGUCUCUGCAAAGAGGGCAGCACAGAAGAGGCGAUGCAUUUGUUAGAGAAGAUGUAUCGCAAUGACCUGAACCCCAAUGUCUUUGCAUUUAACGCUCUGAUCAAUGGGUUUUGCAAAGCUGAUAGGGUGGAAGAAGCCUUGGCUUUGUACAAAGGAAUGGGGAAGAUAGGUUGUCAACCAGAUUUUGUCACAUAUAGCACACUCAUUGAUGGCCUCUGCAAGGGUGGGAGAAUAAAGGAGGCAAUGUCUUUCUUGGAGGAGAUGUGUCACAAUGGCUUGAAAGCAGAUGUUGUCACAUAUUGCACUCUUAUGAAUGUGCUAUGCAAAAAAAAUAAGGUGGAAGUAGCCUUGGAUUUACUCAAAGAAAUGGGGAAGAUGGGAUGUCAACCAAAUGUUGUCACAUAUAGCACUCUCAUCGCCCUUCUUUGUAAGGGCGGAAGAACGGAGGAGGCAAUGUCUUUGUUGGCUCAGAUGUUUCACAGUGGCUUGAACCCAAAUGUAGUCAUACAUAACAUUCUUAUAAAUGUGCUAUGCAAAAGAAAUGAGCUGGAAGAAGCAUUAACUUUUUACAAAGAAAUUGGGAAAAGUGGGUGUCAACCAAACAUCAUCACGUAUAGCACACUCAUUGAUGGUUUUUGCAAGGGCCAGAGAACAAAGGAGGCAAUGUCUUUGUUAGAGGAGAUGUAUGACAAUGGCUUGAACCCAAAUGUUGUCACAUAUAACACUCAAAAUGCAUUGUGCAAAAUGAAUAAAGUGGAAGAAGCCUUGGCUUUGCAAAAAGAAAUGGGGAGGAGAGGUUGUCAACAUGAUGUUGUCACAUACAGCAUACUCCUUGAUGGCCUUUGCAAGGGUAAGAGAACAGAGGAGGCAAUGUCUUUGUUAGAGGAGAUGUAUCAAAAUGGCUUGAACCCAGAUGUUGUCACGUAUAACACUCUUAUGAAUGCACUAUGCAAAAGAAAUAAGGUAGGAAGUAGCCUUGGCUUUGCACAAAGAAAUGGGAGGAUAGGAUGUCAAGCAAAUGUUGCCACAUAUAACAUACUCCUUGAUGGUCUUUGCAAAGGUGGAAGAACAGAGGAGGCAAUGUCUUUAUUGGAGGAGAUGUAUCACAAUGGCUUGAACCCAGAUGUGGUUAUGUAUAAUACUCUUAUAAAUAUGCUAUGCCAAAGAAAUAAGGUGGAAGAAGCAUUGAAAUUUUACAGAGAAAUGGGGCAAAGUUCGUGUCAACCAAAUGAUUUCCCCUAUAAUGCAGCGAUCGAUGGUUCUUUCAAGGGUGGCAGAACAAAGGAGGCCAUAUCUUUGUCGGAUGAGAUAUAUUGCAGCAGCUUGAACCCAGAUGUUAUCACAUAUAACACUCUUAUGAAUGCAUUGUGCAAAACAAAUAAGGUGGAAGAAGCCUUGGCAUUGCACAAAGAAAUGGGGAAGAGAGGAUGUCAACCAGAUGUUGUCACAUAUAACACACUGAUCAAUGGUCUUUGCAAGUGCGGUAGAACAGAGGAGGCAAUUUCUUUAACAUUUUGAUCAAGCAAAGCCGAUAAGGUGGAAGAAGCCUUGGAUUUUCACAAAGAAAUGGGGAAGAUAGGGUGUCAACCAGAUGUCGUCAC